AUGCUAGUGUUUAAUAAUCAUCGGUUCAGUCGUUGCGAUGACUGUAUUCAGGAUAAGAGGAAAUCGUGGGAGUCGAAUUGGUGUACUGAGCGUAUAGAUAUAGCGCAGGGUGAAGCCCUGGCGGAGGAAUGCCACGAUGCGAUUGAUGAUGAGCUCGAUGAUGAGACUCCGGCGAAUCAAUGGAGUGGUGGUGGUCGUGGAGGUGGUCGUGGUAGUAGUGGUGGUGGUAGUGGUGGUGGUUGUGGUGGAGGUUGUGAUGGUGGUGGUGGUAGUGGUGGUGGUGGUGGUGAUGGUGUGGUAGUGGUGGCGGUGACGGCGUGCUCGCGUGAAUGA